CGUAUACGGCCCGAGUAUCGAGCAGCUAUCGCGGGUGAGCGAUCCAUCAUAAUCCUCAUACUAUGUUCCUUUCUCCAAUCAAAAGUCGUCCGAAAUGGCUUUCCUCGCCACCGUUAAAGCCCCGGCGCAGACCGAGCAUUUCAUCGACCGUAACAUCAGGCACCAGCAGAGCAAUGCGCCCCAGCCCGCGAGAGACCCUCCAGACUAUCUGAAAGACUAUGACCAGGACGAGGCUAUCUGGCAACUCGACGACGUGGCCGAAUCUGUGAGAUCACGAACACAGAUGCACGACGAGACGAUGGUGGCUGCAAUGGCCGAGGAGACUCCGCCGGAUGCACCGACUCCCGAACAAGAGGAAGCAGAGGAGCAAAAGAUCAAACAGAGAGAAGCAUUGGGUCGUGACCUUCUCACCAUGGCGGGAUCAGUUUCCGAUUCAACACAGCGUCUUCCUUGCCCCGUCGUCCUUUCGUGCGCGUCAGCGUGGAUCGACGUGGUCUUUGUCGCUGCUCAAAUCGUAGGUUCCAUCUCAUCUUCCGCAGCCAUGGUUGCCGGUGCGACAGUCGCAAUAGUUGCCGGGGCUGCUCGCGAGUUACAAAAACGUACUCGCGCGAACACCUUUCUUGAAAUGGUUAAUCGGGAUUUGUUCAUGCCGCGUGGCCUGUUUGCCGUAGUGAUGGCGUUCAAGCCUGAAGUUCCGAGUUCGCAACAGGGGCCACUAGUCAAAGUUCAAAAAGGGGCUGGAAAUUGGGUCAAUGACUAUAUGGAUAGAAGAGCAGCAGCUUUCCACACCCUUCAUGAGACGGUCGACUGGUCUCUGACACAGUUAAUCUACCCACGGAGAAGGAGGAGAGGGAGACCAGAGAGCUGGAUGCUCAGCAUAGAUACGCUGGCCGGCCACCUCAUCCCGGGCCAUAUCAAAGUAUUAAAUCCGAAUAUUGAUUUAAAUAGUCUAAAGAUGGUUGUCACUGGAAAUGUGAGAGUGGUCCACAAGUCUUCCUUGUAG